AUGUAUAUUAUUAUUAUUGAACUGACACUGAAUAAAGAAGGCAACAGUCAAACACAAGGCUGCAAAGAGCAGGAAGAGUAUGAAGAUCUUGCAAGGCAGUUUCUUAGUCGAUGCAAGCGUCGCGCAGGAUUCGCAUCUGGAGGUGAAGGCAAACAUGUUGAUCUCCCCGAGACCUGGUGGACACAGCUUCUCCUGCUGAGCUUGAGCAGUGAAAAAGUUAGAAAGGAUUCAUUGGAUGUCCUGGUCAUGUCAUUGGACCACGCACCCGUUCAUGCAGAUCAGAUCCCUGUGCUGUUCCACCUGGAGUCAAUCCAGUGCUUCCUGUGCUCUGACACAACUCUGUUGGACCAGCCAUGUUCUUACGAGAUGAAGAUGCUGCAGGUUGGUUAUUUAGUCUCUAUGAUGCUGUACGUCUUUCAACUGAUUGGUAAUUUGAAAGGACAUUGGCCAAGCAGCAUCUAUCUUCACAGCUCAAAAGGGCUGUUAAAGUGUGAGACACACUACCAAGAGUUCCCCAGCAUGUUAUUUGCCGCUCACUUCAUGGUGCGCGUCACGGAGAUUCUGUGUGGUCUCAAACUUACCAACGACAAUUCAAUGUAGGUCUCCGUGGAGGCACAGGAGCAUGGCGUUAACCAGAUACUACUGCAGUGCCUUCUCAGCUAUCACUGUGUGCAAAACAAUGGCACUCAGCUCUCUGAAGUGAUCAAACAGCUUAUGUUGCUGAGAGAUAAACUUCAACAUGACAACUGGACUGACUGUGGGUUAGGACUGGUGAUUCUGGGAGAGGCUGCCAAAUCUAGCAUGCUGUGCCUUCAGACCCUUCUGAACCUUCACGUGGCCCAAAGACAGGAUAGUUCUCAGGUGCAUAAGAUAGCAGAGGGAUGAAAGAAACACAUUUAACACAUUCAAACACUGAUUGAAAGGAAUGGUUCAAACAAAUGAAUGAAUAAAAAUCAGAAAGUCAGUUGGGGUUUAGAACAAGAUGGUGGGUUAGUGACAAACACGAGUGUUCAAGUGUUUAAUCUUUUUUUUUUUUUUUUUCAAAUAUUAAUAUGCAGUGAAGUAGUUUUGUUAAAAUAUUUUCCUCAGAAAUAAUAAUAAAAUAUUAUGCCAAACUAUGAGGUUAAGUAAUGAGGUUGUUUUUCUUUUUCUUCUUUAUGUUUUAUCCCCAUAGUAUUUUUGAC